CUCUCCCAUAUGGACAGUGAGUGCGGCUGCUCUUAAAUCCAUGGCUACCAAAAGACUGGAAGAGCUAGCCCAGCCCAAGGCACUGAGCCAGGAGUGGGAGCCAGAGCGCUUCGUUUACUCUGUAGUGAGCGAGGCUGUGAAGAGUGCGGUCCCCAGCCCACGUAUUCUCCAACUGGCCCGGCCCAAGAGGCGAUACCCCCCCGUGGCUCGUGAGUCUCUGAUCUUGAGUCCGGAGCAAGGAAUCAGCAUUGUCACUGAGGCAGCACGCAGCGCCGUCGCCACUCCCCGGCUCCAGGCCCUAGCAACGGCCAAAAAAGAGCACUCCCUUUUCCUCCCGGAAAAGCCCACGGCGUGGCCAGUCCCUGAAAGCGCCAUGAAGGUUGUGGCUAGCGAUCGCGUCCACGUGCUAGCCAAACCCAAAGCAAGGAAGGGAAUCUUCGAGGGCUACGACCCCUACCUAGUGACACAGGCCGCCAAGCAGGCCCAGGCUUCUCCAAGGGUCCUGGAGCUCUCCACGCCACUCCCACGGAAAGUGCGGCACAAGAUCUAGGAAAGCACUCGGGAAGGGGCACAUUCAGUCACUGGUUUUUACAAUAAAUUUCUGUAUAUGAAAUGUCAGGUGUCCAGACUGUCUCACCUCAUGACUGUUUCAAUUCGGUUUCACAGGGCCCCAGUUAGCACUGAUAUUGGACUACCUUGUGUUAUUUUAAGGGUCUGUGAAACCAAUCACUAAUGUUUAGGUAAAUCAGUCUGAUAUCAGUGCUAGUUAUGACACUGUGAAACCAACAGUUCAUCUUCAACUAACAUUAUAAUUGACUUAUUCUUAAAUUGAGUCUCUUUUUCCAGACUAGUUUGAAUGUUUGUUAAGCAAAGUGACAGCUCUGACAGUGUAAGCCUUUUCUCUGCUCUGCACUGUAAAAAAAAAAAGAAAAAAACAUUUGACUUUUUUUCUGUUGAUUUAUUAUAUCAGCUUGAAACGUAAGCUGUCCUGCAGUGGAAGCAAAAGAAUGGCAAGCCAGGGUACACUGUUAAAUACACAGCACAACUAUGGGAAAACUGCAAAAUUACUGUGGGGGGCAUCAAUCUCAAUGCCAUUAUUAUUUCACAUACAAGUAUUAAAUACUGACAUGCUGAUCACAUCUCCCCAUACAUACCACAGAAUAUAAAUAUGAUGCAUUCAAAUUGAACCUGAGAAUCUAGGCUACAUCGUUUUUUUUUUCAUGUAAUAUUGAUAAAUAAA